AUGGCUACGAUUGACUUCGAUACUUCGCGCAUCAACGCGUUCAGCGCGGAGGACUUCGAGACGGCCUCUAUCCGCUCAGCUGCUCCCUCCUACAUCUCCGAGGCGCCCUCCUAUCACACCACCGUCUCAACCACGGAACCCAUCCCACCCUACUCGCCGCCCCAGAACAGCAGCACCAACACGGCAUCCCGCGCCGCGCACACUGGACACACCAGCUUGCUGCCGUCUCACACCGCACACAUCCCGUCACCGGGCCUCCCACCAAUUCCGCCCGCCCGCAGCUCCUCCUCCGACAUCCCGUCCCUCGGCGCUUUCCGUAUCCCGUCAUGGAGUGUCAGCACAAACCCCAUGUACCAGCGCGUGGCGACGCGGCGCGCGCAGGCCGCCAUGUCCAGCGGCGAGGGCCUUGUGCGCAACGCGGCGAGGGUGCUGGAGAGGGUGAACGAGGAAAGCAGCGGCAGCGGCAGCGUCUCGCCCGCCGGCGGUGACGGCCGGGUGCGGCCCCUCGAGGACCCGUACCUGGUCGGCGAGGUAGCGGCUGCCAGGGCUAGGCGGGAGCGGCUUGCGAGGGAGAACGGGGACGACAUUCUGCAUAGGGAGGAUAGGAGGUGGGACUGGUUUCUGGGCCAAGUGAACGAGCGCGAGGAACGAUCUACCAGCUGGAGACCGUUUCGUCGGGACAUGCAUAGCGGAUCACGUAUGAAGCUGGCCCGUCGUGUCGGUUCUGGGCGCUAG